AUGCUUCACAAGCUGGAAACAGCCCUCAAGGAGUUCUUCCAGCUGAGGGAAAUGGAAGUACCGUCGUCGGAAGAGAGGCUAAUUUGGUCCCUCAAUCGAUUCCUUGCGGCCGCUGCAAAGAAAUACUACCCUGCUCGAAUUGUGAUCGUGAUCGAUGGUGUUUUUGCCAUCAAGGGGCUGGAAAUGCCUGCUGGAGCUCUUCAUUGGUUGCCAACCGAACUCCCGGCGGGCGUGAGAUUUAUCGUGUCCACGAUAGCAACCACAGACAAGGGUGGUACACCAAAGCCGCACAGAACAUACCUCGAGCUUCUGCGGCGGAAAUGCCCAGUCCUCAUGAUGGAGGCCAUGAACGGUGAAUGUCAGGAAGCUAUCAUCGGUGCGUUCAUGCAAAUGCACCCAAACCAGAUCCAGCUCACCAAGGAGCAGAUCAAGCGGAUCAUUCACCUGGAGGUGCAGUCCAAGCCAAUGUACCUCCGGACUUUACUAUACGCACUCCGCCAAGGAGUAGCGCUGGAAUCGGGGGAGCCAGUCCCCAAGCCUCCGUCGCCAAGUGUUGCCACGGCGGCAGAAGCCGCCCCCGGGGUUGAUGCCUCCAGUACGGGUAGGGUCGCUUCCAAUCCGGACGGCACUGCUGGAAAGGUGCCGGACCGGCUGCUGGACUUAUAUUUGUCGUCGGAAGACAGCAUUUCGCUCACGUCCAAGGUGCUGGACGUGUAUGCUGCGUAUGUGGACCGGGGAGAGAUGGGGGCCAGCAUUAUGGGUGCGGUUUUGUCCGUCUUAUACGCAGCUCGGAACGGUCUGAUGGAUUGCGAGGUCUGGGGAGCGGCCGAGAUCAAUCUGGGGUACGAGCUUUCGGAGGACCACAAGCGGGUGCUUCUACUGGUGCUUACGGAUAAUACGAUGUUGGUUCAAGGGCAGCGCAGUUUCAGCCACGAGGAGUUCCGUGGCGUGGUUUACUCCAAAUACAUCCAGAGCCCAGAAACAAUGGUUCGUUUGCACAUACAGAUGGCGCGCUACUUCGCGCGGCUCCCUGCUUCCGACCGAAAGGUGGAAUGUCAACCCUAUCACCUAGAAGCUGCCGGAUGCUGGAACAAGCUAAAAAAUUGCCUCGUCGACAUCGAUAUGUUCGGUAUUUGGUGGACUCCUAAUCACAAAAAGGAGUUUGUUGCACUGUGGGCAAGUCUCACUAACGCCAACAACAAGGAUCUGGGAUCUCUUGGGGUGCCGUUUCUGAGUGUUGACGAAGAUGGCCGCAGUGUGUUGAACAAGCCAUUGCUGACAGAGACCAAGGAGGACGACAAGCCUGCCGGCGUUGACCAGCCACCCAAACCGAACGAAGAUUUCCCGGACUGCACGACGUACUUCUACCACCGGUGGAUGUGGAUACAGUUCCCCUGGGUGGCUCUGGCCAACUGUGGAGAGAAGUACUUGAACGGGAUCUCCUUAAAAGACCAAACAGAUUCGCUCGGCGUCGGGAGAAUGACGAAGCAACUAAAAAAGAAGGGAUUGGGGAAACCUAUGCCAGGAGUACUUUCAGACUCCGGAAGCGUUACACAAGCAGGUGCCAGAGGUCGCAAGGGUGGGGCAGACAAAUCCGUUGAGCGUGGUGGUCGCGGAGGUGCCAAGGGCCACAAGAGCGCAGAGGACGAAAGACUCCAAAAUGGCGGAGAGCCCAGUUCACCUUCCAGACUUCCAGGUAUUGCAUCGCAGUUGUCGCCUGCGAGGGCUGCUAGACGAAGGCGAUCGCUCAAAAGAGGUCCCAGCGAGGGGGGCUCCGCGGACGAAGACAGCAACUACUGGACCAAGAUGAUGGGUGUAAUACGCGGGGAGAUCCAAGAGUACAGAUCCGAGCUGGAUUCUUUGACGAUAAAAAGGGUGCAAAUGGAGAGGAAGUUAAAACAGGUCACCGACGAGGCCAGCCAGAUGUCGGAACUUGCCGGUGCGAAGCAAAAGGGCGAAGAUAAGGUUGCUCACGUCCUGCGAAGGGAAGCCAAGGUGACGAAAUCGCACGCCCACGCUAGGCUACUUGCGAAGAACUACAAGUGUCUCCUGCUCAUGUGCGAGAGACAUCCCGCCCACUCAAAGUUGAACUUUUCCAUGUCAACGGAAGAUGGGGCUUCCACCAAGCGGCACAAGGCCCAUGCGAUGCUCGGGCAGCUGCGAGAAGGGGGUGGUGUUGACGGCGUGGAAAGUGGAGGCACCGAAGGGUGGGAGGAGGCGUGGGCAUUGAUUCGAGCGAGUACGGGCAUCGCAGAUCCCGACCUGUUCAUCCAGAAACACCUCAACUGCGACCACUUAGAGACCCAGCUUAUGGAACUCAAACAGGUCAGCGAGUCACGUUUGAGCGACCUGAAAAAGGAAAGUACUCAGUUGGAGGAAGAGCUCGAGCAGACAAGGUACAACUCGCUUUCGAUAGGCGGCAACAAGGAGGCCAGAGAUUUACACCAACGCCUCAAUGAAGCACAGGUGAGACUGAAACGAUCAAAGGAGAGGUCAGACGCCAUGGAGAACCUGCAGAGGCAUACCGUGUCUGGCCUGAGACACAUCUGCGAUCUCCUCGGAGCACCCGAGUCCGAAGACGACGCCCAUGUGGCUGAGAUGGUGCGCGUUGCACAACAGCUGAUCGGUUCGAGGGGCAAGAGCGACAGGGAUGCCGCGUCGGCGUCGGCGUUCCCAGAGAUUGACAGCCUCGCGGAGGAAGGCACGUCCGACACGCACGGGUGGUUGUGCAAUAGUACGUAG